AUAAUAAUAUGCAAUAUCUAUGAUGUAUUGUAAAAAAAAAAACAGCAACAAGAUGAACACUGCACUGGUGGCAAUCUUGAUACUUACAUGCUAUUUACAGAUGUAUCAAGCCCAGACUAGACGAGCACGUUGCUACCGAAAGCAUGUAUGUGGUGUUAAUGGGAAGACGUACAGAAAUGAAUGCGUGGCAAGUCGAAGAGGUAUCAUAGUGGCAUGCAAGAGAAGAUGUCCUUGUAAGCCGAAUUGUAACUGUGUUAGGAGCUACCGACCUGUUUGUGGAUGGAAUGGUCAAACCUAUGGCAGUAGAUGCCUGGCAUUUUGCGAGAGAGUUGGAGUUCGGUGUCCGUGGCCUUGUCCUUGCUUUACUACAUGGAAUUGAACAGAUGUCGGAGGAGAUAGCGUCACUGUUAAAUGAUCGAUUGAUAUAUGAUUGAGAAUUCACAGUUUUCUUGGUUAUUUGUUGUAUAGACUCGAGUCUUCAGUAUAUUUGAAGUCAAUAAAGCAAACGUUUUGUUCCGGAA